AUGUAUCUCGAGAACGAAUAUCAACAUAAUGAUGUUCAUUUGUAUUUCAAGCAGCUAGCCCACUUCAAAACAUACCCGAGUCAAUCGGAUUCCAACGAACUUCUAUCACCGUCGGUGAACUCAUCCAUAUUUUCUUCACGGACUUUAACUUCGAGUUAUGUUGGUGAAAAUUCACAGCAAUCGCUGACAAAAAAAGUGUCGAAAACAGCGGUCUCCACUAAUGAUCCAAUAACAGACGAUGUUGUGGAGGGAAGUGGUGCUGGUGGUGAUGAAGUUGAGCAAGAACAACUGAUCCAGCCCGAAACCAGUGAUGUCGCUGCCAGUGAAGAACUAGUGCCACAGGAACGCAUCUCUCCACACUCACAACCAGUUUUUGAAGAAGAUGUUGUGUGCAUCGAAGAAUCAUCGACUGCUCCGAUCAUCGACCAAAAACCAUUCGUUCAAUUAGUAUUAUCGAAUAAACCUCGUCUUUAUACAAACGAGCAAUUGGACGAUUUAUUGAAUGCUGUUGUAUUAGCUAAAGCCAUGAAUUCGGUGAUGAAUGGCGCCGUCUUAUUGCCGUUUAAAUAUCUGAUUCCAAGUGACGAUAUGAAACCCCCAAUACCAUCAUCCAUCAAUGACCAUUCACCUCCACCAACACUAC